UCUCGUGGUCGUAAUGAUUCCCUCUUUCUCUCUCUACUCUCUAGUAUCUUCACUUUCAAUUUUGGUCCUAACCCCAAUUUCCAAAUUCAAUUUUCAAAUUAACCAUUUUAUUAUCACGAGUCACGCCCACAACCACUCUCUCCUCAUAUAAAUACCCCUCUUCCAUUUUCUCUCUAUUCUUACCACAUUGCAUUGCACUUUGUGUAGCCGAGAGAAAGAGAAACUUCAAGAGAAUUUCUCUUUCUUUCUUCUUCCAUCCAUUUUCUCUCUACUUUCACGUUUUUGUAAAAGAUGGCCGAUGCUGAGGAUAUUCAACCCCUUGUCUGUGACAAUGGAACUGGAAUGGUGAAGGCUGGAUUUGCUGGUGAUGAUGCUCCUAGGGCUGUGUUUCCAAGUAUUGUUGGCCGACCUCGUCAUACUGGUGUCAUGGUUGGGAUGGGUCAAAAGGAUGCCUAUGUAGGUGAUGAAGCCCAAUCUAAAAGAGGUAUUCUUACUCUUAAGUACCCCAUUGAGCACGGUAUAGUCAGUAACUGGGAUGACAUGGAGAAGAUCUGGCAUCACACAUUUUACAAUGAAUUGCGUGUUGCUCCUGAGGAGCACCCAGUGCUUCUAACUGAGGCUCCACUCAACCCAAAGGCCAACAGAGAAAAGAUGACCCAAAUCAUGUUUGAGACCUUCAAUGUACCUGCCAUGUAUGUGGCCAUCCAGGCUGUCCUCUCCCUCUAUGCAAGUGGUCGUACAACAGGUAUUGUCUUGGAUUCUGGUGAUGGUGUGAGUCAUACCGUGCCAAUCUAUGAGGGUUAUGCACUCCCUCAUGCCAUCCUUCGUUUGGAUCUUGCUGGUCGUGAUCUAACUGAAUCUUUGAUGAAGAUCCUCACUGAGAGAGGGUAUAUGUUCACCACCUCGGCUGAGCGGGAAAUUGUCCGUGACAUAAAAGAGAAGCUUGCCUAUGUUGCUGUGGAUUAUGAACAAGAGCUUGAAACUGCAAAGAGCAGUUCCUCUAUUGAGAAAAACUAUGAGCUUCCUGAUGGACAAGUUAUCACAAUCGGAGCUGAGAGGUUCCGUUGCCCAGAAGUCCUUUUCCAGCCAUCUAUGAUUGGAAUGGAAGCUGCUGGAAUUCAUGAGACCACUUACAACUCUAUAAUGAAGUGUGAUGUUGAUAUCAGAAAGGAUCUGUACGGAAACAUUGUUCUUAGUGGUGGUUCAACUAUGUUUCCCGGUAUUGCUGACCGUAUGAGCAAGGAGAUCACUGCCCUGGCUCCUAGCAGCAUGAAGAUUAAGGUUGUGGCUCCACCAGAGAGGAAGUACAGUGUCUGGAUUGGAGGAUCAAUCCUUGCAUCCCUCAGCACCUUCCAGCAGAUGUGGAUAUCUAAGGGUGAAUAUGAUGAGUCUGGCCCAUCCAUUGUCCACAGAAAAUGCUUCUAAGCCCAAAACGUUGCGCGAUAAUGAAUAUUGUCGCUGCAUGUGGAACUAAUGCACAGGGCCACACAAAAAUGGAAUGAAGCAUAAUGCAAGGGAUAUGCCAUUUUAUGUGCACCUAAUAAAAUGUUGUAUUGCUGUCAAUCUUCGAACCAAGUAUGUAUCUAUCGCUAGUUCUACCUUGCGGAAUAAACUGCUAUCUAUUACUAGCAAAUCAGUCUAUCUCAGCCUAUUUCCAGUAUUCACCACUAUUACUCGUAAAUAAAAUGUAGGGGAAAUGAUGAUUUUAGGGUUAAGGGUGUCAUCUCUUCUAAGGACGUUGUGUUUUAGCCACAUCUACGUAUAUUUUUACUCGAUGAUCUGUACAAGCAAAACGAAUGUUAUAAAGUGUAGCUAUCGACACAAAUGAAAUCCAAUGACCUGCUUUUGCAAA